UAAAACAGAACAAAUAUAAGAAUUGUGAUAAGGUUGAAGGAGAAGAAGUAUCGCAGCAUUCAAAACAUAGAAAAAACAAAAAAGCAAAAAAAUCUUAUACUACCAUGGAUAGGACAUUGCAGAGUUCUCCACUCAUUCAAAUUCCAUUUCCAUGGCAACAAAUCUCUCAACGCCACCUCUCUCACCAUAUCUCUCCUCCCACAACCACCACCACCACUGCCCACUCCGCCUUCCCGCCAACAACAAAAGAUGCACCAUUUCAUCCAAGAGAGCUCCCGCGCCUCCCUCCGCCGUCGCCGGCGAGCAGCACAGCCCAUCUCUCGCAGAGCAGCUCAAACCCUUAUCCACCACCACCCUCUCCGACCAACCCAACGAAGCCCAGCUCCUAUCCAAGCCGAAAUCCACGUGGGUUAACCCCACCAAGUCCAAACCCUCCGUGCUCUCCCUCCAGCGCCACAAACGCUCCUCUCCUUACUCCCACAAUCCCCAAAUCAAGGACCUCCGGAAUUUCGCCAAGAAAUUGAACGACUGCGAGGAAUCCGCAUUCUCGGAUGUAAUUGAGAAAAUCCCCCACCCGCCCACCAGAGAAAACGCGCUAUUGCUGCUCAACAGCCUGCGCCCAUGGCAGAAAACCCUAAUUUUCUUCGAUUGGGUGAAAACCCAAAACGCGUUUCCCAUGGAAACCAUCUUUUACAAUGUCACCAUGAAGUCUCUGCGAUUUGGCCGCCAAUUUCAGCACAUUGAGGCUCUCGCGCUGGAGAUGGUGGAGAAGGGAAUCCCGCUAGACAACAUCACUUACUCCACCAUUAUCACCUGCGCAAAAAGGUGCAAUCUUUUCGAUAAAGCCGUGGAGUGGUUUGAGACGAUGUAUAAAACUGGUUUGAUGCCUGAUGAGGUCACUUAUUCUGCUGUUUUGGAUGUGUAUGCGAAAUUGGGGAAAGUUGAGGAGGUGAUGAGCUUGUAUGAGAGGGGUAGAGCUAGUGGGUGGAAGCCUGAUGAAAUUGCUUUUGCUGUUUUGGCGAAGAUGUUUGGUGAGGCAGGGGAUUAUGAUGGGAUCAAGUAUGUUUUGCAGGAGAUGAAGUCUCUCGGGAUUCAGCCGAAUUUAGUCGUGUACAAUUCGUUGCUUGAGGCGCUGGGGAAAGCCGGGAAGCCCGGGUUAGCCAGGAGCUUGUUUGAGGAGAUGGUGGAGUCGGGUGUCUCCCCGAAUGAGAAGACGUUAACAGCCUUGAUCAAGAUAUACGGCAAGGCUAGGUGGGCUAGGGAUGCACUGCAGCUGUGGGAGAGGAUGAGGCUGAAUGGAUGGCCUGUGGAUUUCAUCUUGUACAACACUUUGCUCAGCAUGUGUGCUGAUCUCGGGCUGGUGGAGGAGGCCGAGGCGUUGUUUGAGGACAUGAGGGGGUCGGAGAAAUGCAGGCCGGAUAGCUGGAGCUAUACGGCCAUGCUUAACAUAUAUGGGAGUGGUGGAAAUGUGGAUAAGGCUAUGGUGCUGUUUAGGGAGAUGAGUGAGGGUGGUGUGCAGCUCAAUGUGAUGGGGUGCACUUGCUUGAUUCAAUGCUUGGGGCGGGCGAAGAGGGUUGAUGACUUGGUGAGCGUGUUUGGGAUUGCCGUGGAGAGUGGAGUGAGGCCGGACGAUAGGUUGUGUGGGUGCUUGCUCUCGGUUGUGUCUUAUUGUGAAGGGGAGGAUGCAAGCAAGGUUCUUGCUUGCUUGGAGCGGGCAAACGUGGCAUUGGCCGCGUUUGUGAGGGUGAUCUGUGGCGAAGAGAGCCCUAGCUUCGAUGUGGUGAAGGAGGAGUUGAAGCGGAUCUUGAGCAGCACGGCUGUGGAGGCGAGGAGGCCGUUCUGCAACUGCUUGAUCGACAUAUGCAGGAACAGGGGGCGCCACGAGAGGGCUCACGAGCUUCUCUAUUUAGGGACUUUGUACGGUUUGUAUCCCGGCUUGCACACCAAGACCGAGGAGGAGUGGCGGCUGAAUGUCCGGUCUCUGUCGGUUGGGGCAGCCCAGACCGCGUUGGAGGAGUGGAUGGGGACGCUGGCUAGGAUCGUGCAGCGCAGGGAGAGCCUGCCCGCGUUGUUCUCUGCCAACACCGGGUCAGGGAACCACAAGUUCUCGCAGGGCUUGGGGGGCGCCUUCGCCUCCCAUGUGGAGAAGCUCGCGGCUCCCUUCACCGAGAGCGAGGGGAAGCCCGGGUUGUUCACCGCCACGCGGGAGGAUCUCGUGUCGUGGCUGCAGUCCAGAGCACCGCCCUCGGCUGCGACCACGGCGUUUACCAACUGAGAGUGGUUGCUGCUGCCGAGGCAAGCGGCAAUGCCAAAGAGUUUUGGAACAUUGUAUACUUACAUGACCAUGGCUUUGUUAUAGGGUGAAGUGGUAUUUGAAAGUAAUUUUAUGACAUAGUUUUUGUUACUUGCAAGUGUUAAGAGGCAACAAAAUCAUGUAUUGGUGAAAUGAGCCAAUGCAUGGUGUUUCUGUUAUGAGUGAAAAUAUCACAGUUUUCUUGA